UGUAUAACAAAUUGUAAGGAUCUUCAAUAUUAAAAAAUAUUUAUAUUUUUUUAAACCAAAGGAAAUUCAUUUAAUAAAAGAUUAUUAAUAAAAUUUCACUUCAUACUAUAAAAAGCCAAAGAAAACAUAAAAUGGAAUUUAAUAGAACGGGUUUACAAAAUAAUAAAAAAUGAAACAGGAUAAUUUACAAAUACCAUUGCAAUCAUAUUUUUUCUUCGAGAAGUCUAAUUCUAUAUACGAGUACUUACACCUACUAUAACACUCUACAUUUGUCAACAUAUCAUUUCAUUCAUAAAUACUUGUGAGCAAUCAAUUAGCUGUUUUCCACCAUAAAAUUAGAAAAAAAAAAUAAUUUUCAAAAAAAAAAUUUCGAAUAGAAAAAGAAAGAUUUUCUUAAAAAAAAAAGGAAAGUUAACAUUAAAGAAAACUUUUUUUUACAUUUAAAAUUAUGUAAAUUAAAUUUAAUAAAUUUUAAAAUAAUUACAAAUAAAUAAAAAUAUUAUAUAUAAAAACUAAAAUCAAGAAAACUUUAAGCAAUGUAUUUAAAGAAUGUAACAGAUUUUUAUUUUGAAUUAGCAGCUGAUAUUCAAUUAAAUCCAAAAGAUGAAAUUCCAAUAAGUAGCAAUCAACAGAUAGUUCAUCAAAAUCAAACAUACUUAUAUGCAUAUAAUUUAACAGAUUUUGAUUCUGAUCAAUAUUAUAUUGAUUGUUAUCCGACACCUGUUAUAAAUAGUGGCGGUAUAAUAACAUCAUUUUCAUCAAAUAGUAAUUGUAGUAUUUUAUAUGAAACAUCAUAUAAUAAUGAUUUAUCGGCAACAAUUGCAACUGGUACAACAUAUAUUGGUAUAUCGGAUAAUAAUGAACCAAAUUUUACAAAAUAUAUGGAAUCCUUACCAAAGGAUCGUUUAGGUUUAUUAAUAUUUUUAUGUUUAUUUUCAUUUGCAACGGUAUUUGGUAAUUCAUUAGUAAUAUUAGCUGUAAUACGUGAACGUUAUUUACAUACAUCAACAAAUUUAUUUGUAACAAGUUUAGCUGUUGCUGAUUGCCUAGUCGGUUUAGUUGUAAUGCCAUUUUCAGCAUUAUAUGAAGUUUUAGAGAAUACAUGGUUUUUUGGUACUGAUUGGUGUGAUAUAUGGCGAUCAUUAGAUGUACUAUUUAGUACAGCAUCAAUAUUAAAUUUAUGUGUUAUAUCAUUAGAUCGAUAUUGGGCAAUAACAGAUCCAUUAUCGUAUCCAAUGCGUAUGACUAGAAGGCGUGCAGCUGGUUUAAUAUGUGUUGUAUGGAUAUGUUCUAGUGCAAUUAGUUUUCCAGCAAUAUUAUGGUGGCGUGCUGCACGUGAAGGUGAAAUGCCAGCAUAUAAAUGUACAUUUACAGAACAUUUAGGUUAUUUAGUAUUUUCAUCAACAAUAUCAUUUUAUUUACCACUUUUGGUUAUGGUAUUUACAUAUUGUCGUAUUUAUCGUGCUGCCGUUAUACAAACACGAUCAUUAAAGAUCGGUACAAAACAAGUACUAAUGGCAUCAGGGGAAUUGCAAUUAACGCUUCGUAUUCAUCGUGGUGGUACAACACGUGCACCAAGUCAUCAUGAUACAAGUAAUUCAUCACGUCAUCAUCAUCACCAUCAUCAUCAUCAUAAUUCGGCAGCAGCUGCAGCUGCAGCAAUUGCUGCACGUCGUAGACAGCAACAAUUACAACAGCAUCGUAAAUUACAGCAACAACAGACAAAUCAACAGCAGCAACAACAAUUACAACAACAGCAACAACAGCAGCAACAACAACAGCAACAAACAUCAAUUGUUGAUGAUAUUGAAAUUGAUAAAGUUGGAAGAACUUUAUCUUCAUCAAGUGCAAAUGGUGCUAAUGGUUGUAAUAAUGGUGGAAAUGGUGGUGGUACAACAACAUCAACACCUGAUGAACAAGAAGAUGAACCACUAUCUGCUUUACAUAAUAAUGGUUUAGGACGUCAUAGACAUUUAGGUCAUAAGAAUUUCUCACUGUCACGUAAAUUAGCGAAAUUCGCCAAAGAAAAAAAGGCUGCAAAAACAUUAGGUAUUGUAAUGGGAGUAUUCAUUGUUUGUUGGUUACCAUUUUUUGUGGUUAAUCUACUAUCGGGUUUCUGUAUACAAUGUAUAGCACAUGAAGAAAUUGUUUCAGCUGUUGUUACCUGGCUUGGUUGGAUUAAUUCAAGUAUGAAUCCUGUAAUCUAUGCGUGUUGGAGUAGGGAUUUUCGCAGAGCAUUUGUUAGAAUAUUAUGUGUUUGCUGCCCACGUAAAAUAAGACGAAAAUAUCAACCUACAAUGAGAACAAAAUCUCAGAGAUUCGCAACACGCCGUUGCUAUUCAUCUUGCUCACUGCAUGGCAUACAACAUUUACGUCAAAAUUCUUGUGAACAAACCUACAUAUAGUAUAGUUGUAAAUUAAAUAAAUAAAAAACUUCCAAAAUAAUUUUAAUUAAUGAAUAAAGAAAAAAGACAAAAAAAAAAUAAAUUAAAAAAAUUAAAUUCUAAGAAAAACUAAUAAAAAAAUAAAAAAAAAAUGUAAACAUUUUUGAUGUAAAAAAACAAAGAAAAAUAAGGAAAAAAAAACUCAUUCCAUUUUCAGUUUUCCCAUUUUCCCGAAACAAAAACUGUGUCAGAAAUGAGAAAAGCAAAAAAGAACCUUUUUCGUUUUUUACAAUUUUAUUGAAAAAAAUAAUUUUUUUUAUCUUAACAUGACAUUAUUAUUAAUAAAAUUUAGUAUUAUAAAAAAAACCAAGUACGUUACAUAUUAUGAGUUCGAAUACAUUUAUAAGGUUACUCAAUUAUUACUGGAUAGAUAGUUGUUAUUCGUAGACCUGUGAUUAUUUGUAAUUAUUCGUAGACCUGUUUCUGAAUAUACAAUACCCGAUUACAGAAAAGAAAAAAGAACGUGAUACCCACAUAAUAUAUUUUUGACAGUUGCAUGUAUAGACGUUUUAACUCGGUGCUAAUCUAUGAACUCCAAUAUAUUGUUGAAAAGUCGGACUGUUUAUGAAGAAAAAUAAAUCGCAACAUGCAUUGUGCAGAUGCGAAUAUCAUGAAUAUAUUGGGUUUUUUUGAAAUUCGCUUUAUUGACAAAUUAGAAUUAAAUGUUAUGCAUGCUCUCACUGCGAUUUCCAGCUUUCCGACUUCUAUAAAUAAUAAAAUCUACAAAACAUUUCAAAAUAUUUAUGCGAAAAUUAAAUUUCUUUUUAAUGAAUAAUUGCAAUAUUUACAAAAAAUGUAGAAAUUCAAGAAAAAUGAAAUACACGAAAAAAAUUUGAUUAUGCCCGAAAAAAAAAUUAAUUCUGUAAUGCUGGGUAAUAAUUGAGUAACCCUAUAAAAAUUUAUAGUUUUUGCGAUUAUUUAGAAUACAAAAAAAAAUGUGCAAUUGUGAACUAUAGAAAAUGUAAUUUUCUUCUUUAUUGUGAAUUGUUUGUCUAUACUAAAUUUAAUAAUUUAUUGUUAUAUUUUUUGAGUUAAAAUAAAAGAAAAAAAAAAGAAAAAAAAACAUUUUUAAAAUGGAAAAAUAAGAAAAAUAGGAAUCUAAGUCAAAAAUAACAAUAAAAAGCGUUUUCAUUUAUCCCAAAAGAAAAUCAAAAUCAUUGCUUACCAAUUGAAAGAAAAACAGGUAAAAAAUUUUGUUAAACCAAAAGCAGCCCAAAAUUU